AUGAUCGGAGACGUUACGAACUACCAGCAGCCAGACACCACGCAGGAUGGUCUCGACCAGCCUACAAUGGUUCGUCCGAACUCCACAACUGCGGUAAUUUCCCAAACAUCAGCAGAGAGUCCAAUGUUCUGUGGUGCUGCAGUUUCAGAGGGACAGGGGUCAAACUACAGCGGUCCUUUGGCUGACGAACUUGAAGACGAGGAAAUUGCAUCUACGGUUGAAACACAAUCACCAGAUAGCCAAGCCAUAGGCUGUGAUAAGAAACCAAAGGGGAAGGCCUCCAAAAGCUCGGAAAAACCCUCGGAGCAAAAAAAGCUUGCGAGGAAAUUUGUCUGCAAGCACUGUAACAAAGCUUUCGGCUUGAUGAAUGUUCUCAAAGUGCACGAAAGAAUUCAUACCGGAGAAAAGCCAUACAUCUGUGAGAUUUGUGACAAAGCCUUCAAUCAAAGUGGCUCCUUGAAUCGUCACCGCAACACCCACCUGAAGCGAGUCAACGCUAAUCGCAGUUACCCUUGCCGCUUCUGCCCCUGCCAAUUCCUUCAUUCUAGCCAACUGCAGGAACACGAAUCCAGGAUGCACUUGCGAGAAAUUGCACUUCAACUAGCAGAUGAGGCCUGCAGCAGCACGCAAGGCUUCCCCACACUAGACGCGAGCAGCAAUUUAAAGGCUCCCGGUCAGAUGAAUGUGUGUUCGAGCUCGUCACUGCCCAACCUCCCCACCGAGUCAUCUGUCUCGCCUCAUGCAUCCGAAGGCUCUGACACCAAGCCCAAUCUUCAAGAACUUUUAGCACAAAAUUUCCUUCAACUUAAUGGUCUCCCAUCUCUUUUCUUACCUUCGAAAGAUAUCCAGCAUCAAAGUUCAGAGAACACAUCAACCUUGCUCCCAAAUCUCGACAUGCCGCACCCUCUGGUGCCACCACAAUUGCAGCUACCACCACCACCACUAACUAAUGGACCACACGAUCUAAAUGGCAAGAUAGGAAAUCCAUCUCUUAUUGCUGGAGCUAGUGCUAUGCUAAGCGGCUGCAAAGCCUUAGGUGGCAUACCCGCAGUGGACACCAUGAUGAGCAUUCUUGCCACCAUGUCCGGUAAUGGAGAGUCGAAAUCGCCUCCCCUUCCGCCCAGCCUCCCGAUCCCUCCCUCUCUUUUGAACGCAUUCAUGAAGUUGGGUGAGCAGAAGGACCUUGGAAUGUCAGUUACAAAUUUUCUUGACAACGGAGCUGGCGGUCGUUUGCCAUUCAAUCCAAAUAUGACCUCACCGACUGGGACCUCGUCAACGCCCAGUUGUUGUGUUAGUCCCAGGAGUGGCAACAGUGAUUCGACCACAACUCGCCAUAACGUCCCGAGGACCUCGAAGGAUAGUCCAACAAAGCCUAUGGAAGCCCAUAUCUCUGACGAUGGAAAACAGUGCACAGUCUGCUACAAGCGGUUCACAUGCACCAGUGCUCUCCGAAUUCAUUACCGUAAGCACUCAGGUGAAAGACCCUUUAAGUGCCAUUAUUGCAAGAAAGCGUUUUCACAGAACGGCACUCUCAAGCGUCACUUCCAAACCUGCAAAGCGGCCAAUGGGCGAUCCCCAGGCGAAAUUGCAGGUCACCCCUCAACACUUUUGGCUCCGGGGCUUUUUCAGUCCCCAUCCUUGUUGAUGUCUACACCUUUAUCCAAUGGCCAACGCAAAAUGCUAAAUCCGCCGCCGUUCUACAAGGAUGACACUCAACAAAAUCUGUUUGAUCAAAUGCUACUUAGAAACUCGGAGCAAGACAAGAAGAAGGAAGUUUUGCCCACGAUUGUGGAGGAAGCUGUUAAGAAGAUUUUAGCAAAUUUGCCACCACAUCAACUGCCUUUCUUCGACGGAUCAGCGUUUCCACCAAUGGGAGUUCAGACGUUUAACUCAGAGACUGAUGAAGAACAACUAAAGCAUGAAGAACCAGAGGACCUAUCGAGUUCGCGAACUGAGGAAAAGAAUUCUGACGAGAGCGCUUGCAGUCGACGAAAACGAAAUAUCUCAGUUACCGAUUAUUCCAAGAGGCCAAGACUUGACUUAUUAAAUGGGAGCGGGGAAUUGGAGGAAUCAACUCAAAAUACACAAGGGGACUUUGAUCCGCCGUCGAAUAUUGGCAACUUGUACCACUGUCUGCCUUGUGGGAUCUACUUUGUUCACGCAUCGCUGUACGACAUUCACACUUCACUCCAUGGUGCUGGCGACGACUUUGUCUGCGCCUUGUGUGGCCAAUGCAUGGCAAAUCAGGAAGACUUUGCCCGUCACUUUGCUCGUCGACACCACCACAAUCUGUCGGAGUCAACUGGGGACAGCUCUUUAAUGGAAACUGCAGAUGUGUCCGCGGGCGACGGUACCGGGCCGUCUAGAGCAAGUCCUCUGCCAUUAGACCAGCGGGCGAAUGCAUUCGAUGUGCUCAAUUCGAGUGAAGAACGUGAAUCUGUUUCUGCGUGA